CCCAACGGCCCCUCGACCCAGGCAUCCUCUGCCUUCCCGCGCUACCUCCCGGAACUGCGCUCCCGGCGCGGACACAGCUGCCCCAGCCGCGCCAGGACCUUCGGGCGCCGCCGCUGGAUAGCGCCCGCUGCAGAGCCAACAUGCCCAUCACUCGGAUGCGCAUGAGACCCUGGCUAGAGAUGCAGAUUAAUUCCAACCAGAUCCCAGGGCUGAUCUGGAUCAAUAAAGAGGAGAUGAUCUUCCAGAUUCCAUGGAAGCAUGCUGCCAAACAUGGCUGGGACAUUAACAAGGAUGCCUGUCUGUUCCGAAGCUGGGCCAUUCACACAGGCCGAUACAAAGCAGGGGAAAAGGAGCCAGAUCCCAAGACAUGGAAGGCCAACUUUCGCUGUGCCAUGAACUCCCUGCCAGACAUUGAGGAAGUGAAGGACCAGAGCAGGAACAAGGGCAGCUCAGCCGUGCGGGUCUACCGAAUGCUCCCGCCCCUCACCAAGAACCAGAGGAAAGAGAGGAAGUCCAAGUCCAGCCGAGAUGCUAAGAGCAAGGCCAAGAGGAAGCCAUGUGGUGACUCCAGUCCUGAUACCUUCUCCGACGCACUCAGCAGCUCCACCCUGCCCGAUGACCACAGCAGCUACACCGCCCAGGGCUACAUAGGGCAGGAUUUGGAGGUUGAGCGGGACCUAACUCCAGCACUGUCCCCAUGUGCCGUUACUAGUACGCUCCCUGACUGGCACAUCCCAGUGGAAAUUGUGCCGGAUAGCACCAGUGACCCCUACAACUUCCAGGUGUCACCCAUGCCCUCCACUUCAGAAGCCACAACUGAUGAGGAUGAAGAAGGGAAAUUAACUGAGGACAUCAUGAAGCUCUUGGAGCAGACGGGGUGGCAGCCAACAAACGUGGAUGGGAAGGGGUACCUGCUCAAUGAACCCGGGGCCCAGCCCACCCCUCUCUAUGGAGACUUCAGCUGCAAGGAGGAGCCAGAAGUUGACAGCCCUGGAGGGUAUAUUGGACUGAUAUCUUCAGAUCUGAAGACCAUGGACCCCAACUGGCUGGAGGGCCUGUUGCCCCCAGUCAGGCUGCCCUCUAUCCAGGCCAUUCCUUGUGCGCCGUAGCUGGGCCCCAGCCCCCUUUUACUCCCCUAGGCAAGCAGGACCUGGCAUCACGGUAGCUGUGAUGCAGAGAAACAGGACUCCUGUGGGCUCCUUGACAUGGCAGAGUGUUACUCCACUGCUGAGCAGGGAUGGGGCCUCCCUCCUUAGGAUAGUGACCUCUUGCAGUCAGUCAUGCCAUGGUCUGGGCUUAUCUUGCGGGGUAAAGCUGGCCCUGGCUCCUGGGAAGAUGGGGUUCUGAGAAGGACGUGUCAGGUGGAGGUCUCAGAGAGGAGUCAGCCUCCAGCUUUUCCCUCUAAGCCCAGCUGCUGAGAGAGGGUCUCACUGUCACUGAGGUGGCCCAAGGGAACAGACCAGUGACCUCAGAAAAACACAGCGCUGACCCCAGGGCUGACUCUGCACUAAGAGACGAUUGCACUAAGUGAAUCCUGUUCCCAAAGAACCCCCCUCCCUUCCCAGCUGAGCCCUAGGGACUGUUCCAAAGCCAGCGAAAUGUGAAGGAAAACGGGGCCCUGCAGGACAGUGCUCCCUCAGCCUCAGAGGAGCUCUGUCCUAUUCGGGCUGAGGGGCUUGGGAAAAAAAAUGGCACUUUUUCUGGUGGACCUUGCCACUUUCCUGAUCAAGGUGUACACUAACGACUCCCCCAAGCUCUCAGCCUUGCAUUUAUUUAUAUCGUGCCUUGCCCUGCACCCACCUGCCCCCCUCAGGCAGGCCCCAGCAGCCCUCAGCAGGCCCUGGGAGGGAAGUGUGAGAGCCUUGGUGUGAUUUUAAAAAUUGGAAAUACCAUCUAAUCACUAAAUCAUGUGUGACCACAUACAUACAUGUGUGUAAAUAUGUACAUUUGUCUUUUUAUAAAAAGUUAAUUGUUUAUAAA